CUCAAGGUAGUAUCGUGCUAAGAGAGAGAACUUCUAGCAUCACUCCCUGAGCUCGCAAAACUUCUGAAACAUCCGAAUCACCUCAUCGCUUCUGCAUCGAUCAUUUUAUUUUCUAAAAAUGAAAGUGACAAUAUUCGCUUCCCUGCUUGUUCUUGGCCUCGUGGUCAGUCACGUGACUGCGGCCAGCUUGGACCAGUACUUUGAUGACCAAGGGGAUCUCCAACUCGAUCUUGAUGAGGAAACCUUGGGAGCCUUGGGAGACGUCUUGGCUUCUAGCUGGUUUUCCAGAGCAGCCCAUAAAGUCUCGCACGCUGUAUCGCAUGCAGCCCGUAACGUUGGACAUGCGGUCCAGAAGGGGUGUGGUGUCGUGAACGGGCUGCCAGGAGAUGAAUUAAUGAGGCUCCGGGAUGCUGCCCUUCGCAAUGAGGAGAUUGAUGAGGAGCAGGCAGCAGCUGCCUACCAAGGAUACAAGAAUCUUAAGAGUGCCUGCAGACUCGUCGGUUAGAAAGGUUGUACAACGUAAAUGGGCAAGGACAAUUGGAAGAAAUCGACGGAGCUUGAAUGUUUUUUUUUUCAAUAUUUAAAAUAUGUUUUUAUUCAUAAUGCCGAUUUUAUUUCAUCCGCUGGAAAACCGAUAUAAGUUGGUUCUCACUUCGUUCAUUGCACAACAAAUCUUGCAAAGAUAACUAAUUUUGCUCAUGAAUUAUUUUUCAAUCUUCAUUGCGGGAUAAUGUUUGAAUUAGUACUAGACUGGAUUAAAGUCGUUUCAAUGAAAGUUUAAAAUAUA